UUUCGUUUGUUUUACUAAUGUGCUUAUCUCUUUUCCUUAGCAAUUUCCGAAAUCUUAACAGCCCAAAUUAUCCAAUCCAUUAUGCCAUUUUGUGCUUAACAAACCCACUCACUGAUUUUCGGUCUACUAUACCAGAACUCAAUGUUUCCUUUUCCCACAAACCCCUACUCCACUCUCUCUGGAAAUUCACUAUGGAACUGAGAAACUGUUGUUAAUCUCUGUACCCUUUUCUCUCACUUGAACACACAUCAAUGGCUGCUUCAUUAUCACUAACAAAAUCUCCAUUGCCAUCAAAAUCCUAUCUUGGAAAGACCCUUUUGAGAUUUUCACCCAUUCAAAACCGUCCCACCAUUAUCCAUGCUAGAAAACCCUUACCCAACUCAAAUGGACUCUUAAAGUUCCAUUCUUUUGGCCGUUUCAGACCCCUUCUUGCAAAUUCUCAUUCUCCGAGAGUUUCUUCAGAAGGGUUUCUUGAUACAGCAGAGGAGAAUGAGAAUAUGCCGUCGUUUGAGGAACGGCCACUGAAAUUUGCUUUCUGGGUAUUGUUUUGGGCUUCUUUGUCCUUAGUUUGGUUUGCAACUUCUAAGGAUGCAAAUGCUGCAGCUGAUUCAAUUAAAGCCUCGAGUUUUGGCCUGAAAAUUGCUAAUAAGCUUAGAAGCUCGGGUUGGCCAGAUGAGGCUGUGGUUUUUUCACUUGCAACUCUUCCUCUUCUUGAGCUUCGUGGGGCUAUUCCUGUUGGUUACUGGUUGCAGCUUCAGCCUGUGGUGUUAACCAUAUUAGCAGUUCUUGGGAACAUGGUGCCUGUUCCCUUCAUUAUGCUUUACCUAAAGAAGUUGGCUUCUUUUGCUGCUUCAAGAAAUAAGACCGUGGCUCGAUUUGUCAACAUUCUUUUCGAGAAUGCUAAAGCAAAGGCUGGCCCUAUAGAGGAGUUUCAAUGGCUUGGUCUUAUGCUCUUUGUCGCUGUGCCUUUUCCUGGAACAGGAGCUUGGACUGGAGCCUUCAUAGCCUCUAUCCUUGACAUGCCAUUCUGGUCAGCUCUAUCUGCAAAUUUUGUUGGUGUUGUUUUUGCUGGGCUUCUGGUAAAUUUGUUGGUGAAUCUUGGUCUUAAAUAUGCAAUUAUUACUGGUAUCAUUCUCUUCUUAGUUUCCACAUUCAUGUGGACUAUCCUUAGAAGCAUUAGAAAGUCCUUAAGUUCUUCAAAUUGACAUUGAAUUAGCAUUGUUAUAUUAGUGUAGCUCAACUUCUGAAACUUGAAUUUUGAUUAUUUCUUAUC